AUGACUGACAAGGCUCAAACCCACAGCUUCGCUGACUCAGAUGGCCAUUUUCGCCGAAAGCCGUCGUCAUUCAGAAACUACGUCUCAAGGGAUCCAACAUCCGACUUCCCCGCCCAAAAGGACCGGUAUGUCUUAUACCUAGCCUGGGGCUGUCCGUGGGCGCAUCGCACCAAUAUUGUCCGCACACUCAAAGGACUGGAGAAUAUUAUUGAGCUAGUCGUUCUGGACCCCGACCUUGGUCCGGACGGAUGGUUCUUCUCCGGGCGGCUGGGAACGGCCGAGAAAGAUCCACGGUACGGAUUUACGCUGUUGAGGGAACUUUAUCUCAAGGCGGAUCCAGAUUAUACCGGCCGAUGCACGGUUCCGGUCCUCUGGGACACACAGAAAGAGACGAUAGUCAACAAUGAGAGCAGCGAGAUUAUCAGAAUGAUGUACACUGAGUUCGAUGAUCUCCUGGAAGAACCCAGGCGUGAACCCAAUCAUCCAGGUGGAGGCUUUUACCCCGUGCAUCUGCGGGCCGAAAUCGACGCCUUCAAUGAAUGGGUAUACAACAAGAUCAGCAACGGGGUGUACAAAACUGGCUUUGCGACGACGCAGGAAGCGUAUGAGGAAAAUGUCUAUCCAUUAUUCCAGGCACUGGACCUUGUGGAGGCGCGCCUGGCCCAACAACCGCACCUCCCGUAUCUAUUUGGCGAACACAUCACCGAUGCAGAUAUUCGGCUAUACACGACGAUCUGUCGCUUCGACGUGGCCUACUACGGGAUUUUUCGGUGCAAUCUGAAGAUGAUUCGCUAUGAUUAUCCGCUGAUUGAUCGGUGGUACCGGCGAUUGUAUCACGACGAAACCGAAAGGACGCGGGGUGCCUUCCAAAAAACGACCUUUUUUGACAUUUAUAAAUCUGGAUACCUCAAAGCGAGUAGGAGGGAUCAGGCUGCCUCGGUAAUUGUUCCAGUGGGGCCUUACCCGGACAUUCUGCCUUUGAAAGACUGAUAGUGAGCUGGACUUGGGUCAAGCAUUUGUUGUCUCUCAAAGAGCAGCGGAUGCUAGCUGUGUUCUCUUGUUUAGGCUCAAUACUUCGUCGUCAUUAACUAAUUUUUGCGAAUUAGCCCAUUUUCUGUCUGCU